UAUGCUAAUGAGAGGGUGGGGCCAUGUAAAUUGCGAGGGCUCGGGGCAGAAUCACACGGGCCGAGCGGGACGCGGCGGAGGCGGUCGAGUCUCCAUCCACAUCCUCCUAGUGACGGCCCAAAAUGCAGGCAGACUCUGUUCUUCACAGUGGCUACUUCCACCCUGUGCUACGCUCCUGGCAGUGUACAGCAACCGCUUUUGAUGCCUCCAACCUCAUCUACCCCAUUUUUGUCACUGACAGCCCUGAUGCAGUGGAGCCGAUCCCCAGCCUCCCUGGACAAGCCAGGUACGGAGUCAACAAGCUGGAGGGGAUGCUGCGUCCCCUCAUUGAAGAUGGUCUAAAGUGUGUGCUCAUCUUUGGGGUGCCCAGCAAGGUCCACAAGGAUGAGAGAGGUUCUGCUGCUGAUGCAGAGGACACACCUGCCAUCCAGGCAAUCAAGAAGAUCCGCUCCACCUUCCCAGAGCUGCUAAUUGCCUGCGAUGUCUGCUUGUGCCCUUACACCUCCCAUGGGCACUGCGGCAUCUUGCGUGAAGACGGCACCAUCCAGAACGAGAUCAGCUGCCAGCGGCUGGCAGAAGUGGCACUGGCUUAUGCCAAAGCAGGCUGCCACAUCGUUGCCCCCUCAGAUAUGAUGGAUGGGCGCAUCACGGCCAUGAAGGCAGCGCUGAUCUCCAAUGACUUGGGCAACAAGGUCUCCGUGAUGAGCUACAGUGCCAAGUUUGCUUCGUGCUUCUACGGUCCCUUCAGGGAUGCUGCACUAUCCAAACCUGCUUUCGGAGACAGGCGAUGCUACCAGCUGCCCCCGGGUGCCAGGGGCCUGGCAAUGCGUGCUGUGGACCGGGAUGUGCGUGAGGGAGCAGACAUGCUGAUGGUGAAGCCAGGGAUGCCCUACCUGGACCUUGUGAGGGACGUCAAGGCUCGACACCCCACGCACCCGCUGGCCGUGUACCACGUCUCGGGGGAGUUCGCCAUGCUGUGGCACGGGGCCCAGGCCGGGGCCUUCAGCCUGGAGGCUGCCGUGCGGGAGGCGGUGACGGCCUUCAGGCGCGCAGGGGCCGACGCCAUCAUCACGUACUUCGCGCCGCAGCUCCUGCGGUGGCUGAAGGAGGAGGCGGCGGCCGGACGGGCCUGAGGGCGGAACUUUCGGUGACGGGGCGGGGCUUCCGGUGACGAGGCUUCCGGGGCGGCCGGGCAGCGGAGGAGGUGGCUGCGCGCGGAGCCGGGGGGGCCCGUGGGCCUCGGGACUGCGCGUACCCCCGGCCGCCUCUCCCGGAGCCCGGCCCGGUGAGCCCCGGCACCGCCCCGCACCUCCGGCCGCUGUGUGACCGGCGCGGACCCCGCUCGCCCUCCCCCACGGCCACCCAGCCCGUCCCCCCCGUGACUGCGGCCGCCCAGCCCCCCCCACGCAGAACCCCGCUGCAGCACCUGCGUUGGGGGCGCAGCUGCCCCGGCCUUGGCACCCUGGGACUCGGAGCAGGGCCCUUCCUCCCCUGCCGUGGCUCCAUGCAGUGCCCGGAGUGUGGCUGGGCCCCCCGCGGGGGACACUGACAGCGGUGGGUGUGACACGGGCAACGGGCCGGUGCCCACCCCCCUCUGAUAAAACGGCUGUGACCCACGCUCA